CUGGGAGUGAACCGGAAGUGCAAACGCUCCGGCUUCUCCUCGGUCAGGCGGAACCUGCUCUGCUGGGCCCGGUGGCCGCAAAAAAACUUUCUUUCUCCCGCCCCAACGGUCACAGCGGCCAACUGCCUCGCCCGCCUGGCGGCCUACCCCGCCUUCUCUCCUCUCCAGCUCCGCGCGGCCCUGUCUCCCUCUGGCCCCGCGGUAUCCGCUUGCUGUUGCCACCGCCUCCUCGUCUUCUGCCCGUGCAACCGGCCCGCCCCGCUGCAGUGAUGUGCGACAAGGAGUUCAUGUGGGCCCUGAAAAACGGGGACCUGGAUGAGGUGAAAGACUACGUGGCCAAGGGAGAAGAUGUCAACCGGACACUAGAAGGUGGAAGGAAGCCCCUUCAUUAUGCAGCAGAUUGUGGGCAGCUUGAAAUCCUGGAAUUUCUGCUGCUGAAAGGAGCAGAUAUUAAUGCUCCAGAUAAGCAUCAUAUUACACCUCUUCUCUCUGCCGUCUAUGAAGGUCAUGUUUCCUGUGUGAAAUUGCUUCUGUCAAAGGGUGCUGAUAAGACUGUGAAAGGUCCAGAUGGACUGACUGCCUUUGAAGCCACUGACAACCAGGCAAUCAAAGCCCUUCUUCAGUGAUGGACGGAUGGGCUAACAGCUCUGAAAGAAUGACUCUCCUGUGGCCUCACACUGCUGCCUGUCUGUCUGUCACUCUCUAUCUGCCAGCUUCUUCAGCUAAAAUACUUUUAGAGGGGUGAGGGGAGAGAGAAAUUCCUAACAAAUCAGACUACCAGAACAAACAAUGUUUGGGAGGAGAGGAAAAAACAAGAUCAGGCUUUUACUAGGAUUCCUGAUCAGGUCAGCCUCUUUUCCAUCUCCAGUAAACUACACAGCUUAUACCCAUGGGAGAGCAAAGACUAAAUAUACCAGUAACAUUUGACCUUUUCAGCUCCCUAAUGUAUUAAUUGGAUUGUGUUGAGGGUCUGAUUUUACCCAGGCCCACUCUCCAUUUUUGGUAGCCCUACCUGUGCCAACAGUAGUGGCUGCUGUGACGUAACUUAGGGUGCUGAGAUAAGCAAUUAGCUCUAGCCUUCUGCCUUAAGAUGCACUCUAGUGGGGAUCUCCUGGCGUAGUCACAAGCGCUGCCUGUGGUUGGUGACCAAAUCUUCCCUCGGUGACUUGCAGCUUUAUGUGGAAGCUCAGUUAAGGCGAGGAGGGGGCACACUCCUAAACUGCUGGACGGCUGAACUGUGGAUUUCCUCUCCCCCUUCACAUGGAUUUCAUGUCUCUUUAGAUACAACUGACUAGUUUUAUUUAUAAAAUCUCAAAUUUUCGAAGUCUAAAGGAGAAAUCAUUCCAGUAUGCAUUUUUUUUUUCUCCUCUAGAUUCAGCCAUUUAUAGAACAUUGAAACACUCUCAAACUCCUGCUGGUAGUAAAAGGGGAUUUAAAAAUAGAAUCAUAGCCAUAAGCCUCUUAGUGUCAUAUAAAGAGAGAACAGUUGUCUUAGUACCUAUGGAUUUUUCUUCAUUUGAUCUUUGAAUGGAUUGGCCUCAUGUUUGGAGAAUCAAGGAACAGUCUUUGGAAUGCCUCUCUCAGACCCAUCUUGGAUGCUGAUUAAUUAUUUCACCAAAGCUAUCACUGGGGUGAGAUUUACUGUUUGAACAAAUUUAACCCCAUCCCUUCAAAAAUAUGCUUGGUACCAGGUCUCCCCGAGUUGUGGAUAGGCUUCUGCUGAAUGUAUGCCAGCCCACCUGCAUAAUACAUUUUUGUUUCUUUUCUCUAUUUUUCAUUGCAUAAAAUGUGACACCUUCAAAUUAUAUUCUGUGUUCUUAAAAUACAGUGCCCUAAAAUGGUGUUCUUAUGACCUCCAGAAAAUAUUUAGACGUAUUUUCUAAUGUUUAUUUCAUGAGCAGUACAGCUAAUUAAAACAUACUCCCUUAAAUUUGCUGUCUCGCAUUUAAAAUAUUAAGAUUCCUUUGACUUGCCAUCCAUAUAAGCUUACUAAAAAUAUUAGGGUUUUUCCUUAGCCAUGUCAUGCAAUAAUUGAAUGUACCUCAAAUUUUUAAAAGGGGGUGGGGAGGGUGGGUUAGGGACUUGUAUUCAGAUUGUGGAUAAUAAAGAAUUAAUGAUGAUUUUUUAGGCGAUGUAGCAUUCUACAGCAGGGUUAAACUAGUAUCAAGAACAGUCAGCCUGGCCAGUAACAAAUCUUACUGACCAGUUGCUGAUUGGCUGGUUGGUGUGUGCAUUUGUGUGUGUGUAUAUUUUUCCCCCAUGAACCCUUUUUUUAAUCCUGUGGCUUUUUCACUUACAACUAGCCUAACCCUGUAAUUUCCCUGUGUCCAAGAAAACAAUCACAAAAUGCUGGUUUAAAUACUUUGAUACAUUUGGCAAAUCUGCCACCUUAAUGCAGCCUAUGGAGUUGGAUUGAAAGUCAGUAAUCAGUCCUUUAUAAACGUCACUAAAUGGAAACUCGGAGCUACCCUCAUUGAGGAAGGAGGGCACUCUGUCAGCCUGAACUGUCAGCGUAGUGACAAUGUGUUUUGUCAUCUUUGUUUCCACCUCUUGGCACACUGCUUACGUAAAAUUUUUAAAGGCUUUGGUUUUACCCUCCACGCAGUUUUUGGCCUUUAAUUUCCAAGUGUUUUGUAGUUGGUGACUGCAGAGAGUGCAUUGUCCUAUCAUUCAUUCCUCGACCUGGUCUGCUUUCUACGGUCACCUGGUCUCGAGACCGUGGGGACCUCUGUGCCGUGUUUCCUUGUGUCUGCGUAAUGCAGUAGAGGCUACUUUGCCUGCUUCUUCUUUCUCAGCCGUUUUGUAAAACCUGUAAUCAUGAAGCGAUUGCUUGAGAAAAAUAACAAACAUAGACUAGACUGACCAAGAUGGUUUAUAAUUUCUUUUUUUUUUUAACUAGGUUAUUUAUAAUGUAUUUCUGAACCACUUGGCAGAGACAUUCACAACACUUAAUGUUCAUAUUUUGAGUAAUAGAAGCUAAAACCUUGUCUGCUUUUUGGUACUACAUGCAUUAGUAGAAGGUUAAAUAAGUUUUGUUCUCCACUGAAAUAAUAUUUAACAUCUCAGAAGAAAUCUUGCAUGUUCUAUAGUUUUGUAUUAAGUCAGUCAUUUUGUAUGCACUAUAGCAAGUGAAAACAGGUGAUUGACCUGUCGACACUAGUAUGUAACAAACCCCCGCUUGCAGCUUCAGGCUGGUAUCUGUAGAUUACAGUUCCCCUACGGCACUGGAAUUGGCCAAGUAGUUCUCUGCCCAGCACACCUUCUAAACCCAGUGGGGCAUGGAGGGGAGGUGACUCACGCGGUGGGCGGAAGCUGCAAGCAAGUAGGCCUCCACUCAUUGAUUUCUUUCCCCCAAAUAAUGAUUUCAAAUCUGUGUGUACCUAUUUGAUUUUUUUUUUCCUAAAACUUCACCUGAGCUGCUGUUUUCUUCCAUGCAAUACUGUAUACUCGAUGGUGUAUAGAAGAAGCUGGUGAGAGUGCCCUCCUACAUAAGCAAUUGCAGUGUUUUGCAUGCAAAAUUUAAAAAAUUUAAAUUGUCCUGAUUCUAUUUUGUAAAUGGAGAAACAAUCAUAUCUUUCUAAGCAGUAAUGGAAGACGACUAGUGCUUUGUGCGUUUUGAUAUGGUUGAGUUCAUUUUUUCCACAAUGUAAUACAUUUGACACAAUUGGGUUUCUCAUAUUAUCCUAGUUCAUGUACAUCAGAAUGCUAAAUAAUACUGUGUUUUAAGUUUUGUGUUGCAAGAACAAAUGGAAUAAACUUGAAUUGUGCUACA